UCCUGGUUCGCGUGACAUUACGUGAACGCCGUCAGUGCUCCCCUAUUUACUCUGUCCGCGCUCCAGUCGUCGGUUAGGCGAGGAGCAGACGGGCAUCUGAAGUGGAGAUGGCAGCCACGCUGCAGCGCAUUGAGCGACUGUCCAGUCGGGUGGUGCGUGUGAUGGGCUGUAACCCGGGUCCCAUGACCCUGCAAGGGACCAACACCUACCUGGUAGGGACCGGCCCCAGGAGAAUCCUCAUUGACACUGGAGAACCAGAAAUUCCAGACUAUAUCAGCUGCUUAAAGCAGGCUUUGACUGAAUUUAACACAGCAAUCCAGGAAAUUGUAGUGACUCAUUGGCACCGUGAUCAUUCUGGAGGCAUAGAAGAUAUUUGUAAAAACAUCAGUAAUGACACUGCCUAUUGCAUUAAAAAACUCCCUCGGAAUCCUCUGAAAGAAGAAAUUAUAGGAAAUGGAGAGCAACGAUACGUUUAUCUGAACGAUGGAGAUGUGAUUAAGACUGAGGGAGCCACACUAAAGGUUAUAUACACCCCAGGACACACUGACGAUCAUAUGGCCCUACUGUUAGAAGAGGAAAAUGCUCUCUUUUCUGGAGAUUGCAUUCUUGGGGAAGGAACAACUGUAUUUGAAGACCUCUAUGAUUAUAUGAAGUCCCUAAAAGAGCUCCUGAAAAUCAAAGCAAAUAUUAUAUACCCAGGACACGGCCCAGUAAUCCACAAUGCUGAAGCUAAAAUUCUGCAGUACAUUUCUCACAGAAAUAUCCGAGAACAGCAGAUUCUCACAGUAUUUCAGGAGAACACUGAAAAAUCGUUUACAGCCAUGGAACUUGUCAGAGUUAUUUACAAGAAUACUCCUGAGCAUUUACAUAAAGUGGCAGAAAAUAAUCUCUUGCUUCAUUUGAGAAAACUAGAAAAAGAAGGGAAAAUAUAUAGCAACACAGAUCCUAACAAGAAAUGGAGAGCUCAUCUUUAGUUUCAGAUUAAUAAAAGUUCUGUUCUGUUUUGCUGUUAGAAGGUGGUAUGUUUCCAAGUGGAUUAUUUAUAGAGAAUUAUAGAAUGUAGAACAUUAAAAAUAACCAUAGAUAAUA